CUUCACUCAGUUGUUGCUGGCAUAUCCUACUGGACGAUCGGCUACGGUCUGGCCUACGGAGAGGGGAACAGCUUCGUCGGCUGGACGAACUUCGCGUCGUCGUACAUGGAGAACGGCCAGAUGGCCAACUACUUCUACCAGGUCAUGUUCGCCUCCACGGCCUGCACGAUCGUGUCCGGCUCCCUGGCCGAGAGAUGCAACUUCCACGCGUACCUGAUCUACAGCUUCUUCCUCACAGGUACUUCAACCCAAAAAAAAAAAAAAAAAAAUCUUUUUUCACUUUUUUUUUUCAAAAUCAUAACUUUUAAAUGGCUUUAAAAAAAAAAAUAAUCCCUGGCCGAGAGAUGCAACUUCCACGCGUACCUGAUCUACAGCUUCUUCCUCACAGGUACUUCAACCCAAAAAAAAAAAAAAAAAAAAUCUUUUGUCAGCUUUUAUUUUCAAAAUCAUAACUUUUAAAUGGACUUUAAAAAAAAAAAUAAUCAUAGAGUUUAACGUUAAACUGCUUAACUUAUUACUUAAUUCCCUCGGGGUGUUUUUUUUUCUUUCUAGCCCUGGUGUAUCCGUUCUGCACACGCUGGGGGUGGUCGCCCUACGGGUACCUACACAUCGGACACACGUUCGAAAUCGAAGACGGUAGAUCAGCGCACAUCAAGUACGAGGUAUUGAAACGCGAUGACGACAUGUGCAUCACAAAUCUUUUACAAUUUGUUCCGUUGAUACUUUAAAUCUGACUAACGUCACUUCGGAAUCGUGAAGAUGCUACAGGUUUUAUUCAGAGAUGAUAUCAUCCUUUAUAAUAUUUUCCUUUUCUUAAAUUAAUUCAAUCGAUACUAUACUCUAUAAACAAAUGCUUAAAAACAUUGAAACCUUAAAAAGUUACUAAAACUUUUCUUGUUUUUUUUUUAUCUUCUUCCAGGAUUUCGGUGGCAGUGGUGUGGUCCACCUGACAGGCGGGACCGCUGGCUUGGUUGGCGCAAUCAUCUUGGGCCCUCGAAUCGGUAGAUUCCAUCAAAAGACGGGAGCUGUCCUGCCCAUUAGAGGCCACUCGCUGCCGGUAAAAUUGGCAGUUAUGAAAAAAAUAUAG